UGGCCACUGUCGAUGCAUCUGGCCUAGCGCCGAGCUAACCCUAGCACAAGUCACGUAGGGCCGCAAGCCCUAAUUGUUUUCUCCCAGAGAUGCGCGGAAGACAUCACAGUAUUUGGCUGCGGCCUGCACUCUGCACUUCACUACCACAUCUCCGCCAUACAACUGCUGUGCUCUACAAAAGCCUUCUCUUGUCCUUGACAUGCACUUUACCGUAAAUGCCUUGGAAAGUUGUGAGCUCUGCACUCCUCGUCCCUUCGUCAAUUCUUUAGGGUUGUGGCUGCAACUGGACUUUCCCGCAGUCUCCCAUCUCCACCAAACGAAGCGGUGUGAGCUUUAUUUAACAGGCAAAACAGGCAAACAGAAUAGCAAGUAACUCGCGAUUUUCCUAGUCUAUGUUUCAUUGUUCUUUGACCUCCGCUGGCUGAUCGGAAGAGCUAUCUAAGAGGCCUCAUAUAUCGCAGUUCGUAAUGAUUAUGGGAGGGACUAUUCUGGCAUAUAACCAUGCCCAGCCGCUGGUUGUGGAGCGGCCUGUAGUAACGUUGGUGGAGGACGAGACCGAUUCUUCGAGCUUCUCACGGAAUUCUCCUUCGUCGCACACAUCGUAUUCCUCAACUCAAUCCGAUUGUCCUCGCUCAGCAAAGCGUCCAAGGACUAAUAACUACAAUUCUCAACACUCUAGCAGUGUUCGGGAAAGUGGGGAUGCUAAUGUAUUUUCUGCUUCCCGGAAGGAAACGCAGAGCCGUCCAUCAACUGGGCCUUCUUUUUCCUCCUCACUUAGCCGUGUUGCAGGCCGCCAUAGUGGCGCCCUGGCUAAGGAGCGUGAUAUACAAUCCGCAAUUGCAUCGAAAUCGGAUUUAUUCAGUCUUGUAAAUUAUCCUUGGGACAAUAAUCCAAUUGCUGUCGCAAUUUGGCUUGCUCAAAAAAUCGACAGCACCAAGAAAUGUCAAUCUACGUACCCGUGGGUCCCAGACUCAGAGCAGAAUUCACCAACAAGUAACGUAUCUCAAAGACCGAGGCGCCGUCGAAGCCGGGUACGGAAUGAUGAUAUUUUGUAUCUUGUUAGUGGGGUUCAUUGUUCCGAUACAUGCAAGUUUCAUGAGUAUACUAGCAAGCACGAAGACGAGAGCCAAACAACAAUGGGUAUAGAACGUCUUCCUGAAGAACGAAGCCCUUCGGUGGAUUCCUUUUCUACCAAAUCCUUUCAUUGCCAGAUGGAUUUGGAGGCAAGAAGAAUUGCACCAAGGCUAGCCAAAUUGCAGAGCUUCAAACCAGGAUUUGGAGACAGAUUAUUUGGCACAAUGGCUGAUAAUCAUUGUAUAGAUGCUGACACUGCUGCUACAGGGAAACUUGUGGUAGAUGUCCUUGCGACGCUUACUUACCCAGAGUUACAAUCGGAAUACCAAGCAUCUACAGAUGCCCUGAUUAAGGUCCUUGAUAUGGAAUCCUCUCGUUCCCCGAGAUUCACAGAGGCGUUUGCGAUACUAUCAAACGAUCCUGAUGUGACAAAGGCUGUGCGUGUCAUUGUUGCACAAAUCAACUCUUGUGAAUUUUCCUUGGGGUUGGAUAGUGAAUAUGCGGCAUUUAGCGGAUUGUCAAGCUACCACAGCCCCAAGGCAUCCCAUUCACCACAAUGUGUCAAUGACAAACAACAAUCAAUGGAUGCUAGGGCUUUGGAGAAUCAUCUUGACGGUCCCCAGCGCCGCCCGUCUACUUCCUCAUCCCUCUCAUCCUGUCCUUACUCUUCGGGCCACUUCCUCCCAGAAAGCACUCCCACGAACACAACGUCUGUAUCUUUCGAAAGUCGGAACAAAACUGUUCCCGAAAUCAAAAUAUCUUCCAAAAUGCCUCCCCGUCAAUCGACCCGCAUCAGAAAGCCCACGCUUAGGGCCAUAGAGGCGCAACUGAGCUCGCAGGCGAGAUCAGGCACCAGGGCCCGGGCUCCAAAAACCUCGAAAAAGAUUGAACUUCACUCUACUCAGGCUAAAGAGAAUUCUGUCGCAAGCGCCAUCAAGGAGUCUAAUGGUGCAAAAGGUGACAUAGACGCUACGAACACUACGAACAAGGCAGCCUCUGACGCCGUUGAAGCUGGAAAUAUGGCUCCUGCGUCGUCAAACAGAUCGAUGACCGUGCGCUCCAUUGAUGAGAUCGCAGCGGCAGUCAGUCUCCAAAGUGUGACUGACACAGGUGCAUCUGGGCUCCGUGUGCCCGACCAGCAACCAAGGCGCUUAUGCACGUCCACAACAACGAUGUCUCCUUUAGAUGCUUCAGCACCUUCUCCUUCAUCGCGAGCCUUGUCCCCAGAAACAGACGCUAUCAUGGAGCAAUUCCUUGAUCUAGCAACUGCUGCUUCAAAACCCGAUUUCAAACCAACAUUGGAAAUCGAUCUCCACCGGGUUCGUCGGGAUUGGUACGCUGAACAGUUGGCAACCGCUUUGAACAAUGCUGCUGCUGAGAAAUCCCUGAAAACCCAGUCCACGCGAACAAGUGAAGAGACGGUCCCAGGCGAAAGUCCCUUUUCUUCGCAGCCUACCCCUUCCGUUGCCAAUGUUCUUUCGUUGGAGACUGACGUUGCUACGCCCGCCACCCCUGCUGAAGAUUUUGCAGUUGACGCAUCUAGUCAAGCUAAUUCCGCUAAUGGUGUGGUUAAGGACACCGGUGCCUCUGCAGACGUGGCUGCUGCCAUCGCCAUCUCAUCCGCACAGCAAAACAACAUUGGUGAACAAACGAACUUUGGACAGCCAGCUAUGGUGGAAGGAUACGUUUCUGAUGAAGUUGUUGAGCAUGAUACCCCCAAAUGGCCUACUUCUAUCACGGACCAGAAGUUUCUUGACCCAUGUGUCUUGUCCCAUUCCUACCUCCCCCGCCCUUGGACUGACGGUGAUGGCUGGGUCCAUACCGGGCGCGGCAACCAACAUAACGAAGAAAAUGUUAUUGUUCCAACCACCUACGCAUGGGUCCGACCAAGGGAUUCAUUCAAUAACCCACGUAUUGCCCCAUCCCCUCCCCAGAUAAAGUCCCUUAUCCAGAUCGAACUGGACGAUGUAUUUGGCUAUCCUCCCCAAGGCCGCAAGCCAAACCUUCCCGAGGAUCUAGAGGGCCCAUUCGUCGCAGAGGAUGUUGCGCUGGAAACGGCAAAAGUCAAGAUUUUCCGCGCAGCUCGUAUGCGAGGUAUCGUUAUUGACCGUUCCACAUCGCUGGAAGAUAUUCAGCAUGCUAUUGAGAAAUAUGAUGAAAUUUACACUGCUCAGGGGGCAGCUGCAAGUGCAAGUGAUGUAAACGAAAUUAGCAAGAUGAAAACGCCCGCGAAACCAUCCGGUACAUCUACUGGAACAAGCAAGAGAGUGAGAGCAUCGCGGAAGCGGGCUGCUGCUAGUCAAUCCUUGGAAAGCGCUGAUCCGAAAAGGGAGGAUGAUGACGAACCUAAGGACAACGUGAGUAAAACGACCCGAAACAAAAAGCGUCGCCUAAACAUAGAUGCGCCAAUUCCCGAGACGAGCAGCGUAGGCAACGGAAGUGGAAGUGGAAGUGGAAGUCCUGCAGAUGCAGAUGCAGAAUCCAUGGAGGUGGAUUCCAACCCUGCCUUGCUCGCAACCCGUGGCCCCGGUCGCCCAUCGAGGCGGGCGGCUGCUAUUGCAGCGACCGCUGCAACUCGUGAGACCACACAGCCUCGUCAGCGGCGCAAACGAGCUGCACGCCAGACUUGUCUCGAAUCCAUUACUCCAGCCGCGAGAAAAAUGGUGAAUGAUGCUGUUGCUGGUGGAAUGGAAGAUUCCGCUGAGAAGAAAGAUGCUGCUCCCACCACUUCCCAGGUCGGACAGGAAUAGACUCCGCUCUGAAACAAAGGGGCAAAUGCCGAUAUGCUUUUCAUAUUGCUCUCGUUCCUCAUUACUUCAUUGUUUACAUGUCAAUCUACCCUACGUCUUUAUAUCUCGUCACGCCGGGAAAGGUCAUUUUUAUCGUACCUCCCCGGAAAAUAACCAUCGAGAGUAAAGGGAAAUGAUAGGGAGAAACCCCAUAUUAUGACUGUACAAUACAACAGAACUGGGAAAAGUCGAUGAAUUGCUUUUGCAUGAUUUUGGAGUUAGUUGGAGUUUUGUUUGAAGUCUCCCUUUCUUUUAUUCCAUGUCCGGACUGUUUAUGGAAACGAAUUUCCUUACGAGACAGACAGAGGUGGUGCAAGAGGGACUAAGGUUCACUCAAUCUUGGAGUUUUUCUUUUGUUUUUCCUUUUCCUUUUCUUUUCUUUUCUUUCUUUCUCUCUUUCUUUCUUUUUUUUUUCCAAUUCAUCAAGCUUGAUGCCUCAGGGAAUAAAUAUAGAGCCUGGGAAGCGUACAUUAUCGUGGAAUGAGGUACAAACAUGAAGGCACUGCUGGCGGUGAUUCAAGUUGUUUUGGAGUUUUAUUGUUUUGCUUCUCGUAUCCUUCUACCCUGUGCAUAUGCUUUACAAGCUUGAAUUUUGACGUGGGCUGUUUUUGACCUUGCGCUGUAUGGCGGUGAAUUUACAAGUCCGCGCGGCCCUUUAUUUUAUUCAUCCUACCCUUAGUUACUUCUCUCAUUCAUGUACCAUACUCUAUUACCUCCACUAUAGUCAGGUAUGGAUAAGGAUGUAAAUAAUAACCCCACAUUAUACUAUUCAUUUUGUUGAGCUGGGAAGAGAGGCGUGCGUAUGGAAGCGGCCAUGAUUCCAUCGUUUUUAAGACACUAUAAUGGUGAAUAAACCUGUUCUUGUUAAGUCCACCUAACUAUUAUGUGAAUUCCCAUUUCACUCAUGAAAAUCAAGUCACAUCAUUUAUCAAUAGAAGGCUGGAUGCAGCACAAGCUGUUCAUGUAGCUUCUGCUGGAAAUAUC